GAUGUUGCGCCUCUGGGUUUAGAAACUCUGUGUCAUUUCUUCCUCUUCCUGUUUUCGUCUGUGUGUCUGGCAGCUCCACAGAACAGAGAUGGCAAAGUCAAAAAAUCACACCACCCACAACCAGUCCCGUAAGGCCCACAGGAACGGGAUCAAGAAGCCCAGACCAGACCGAUACGAGUCCAUGAAAGGGGUCGACCCGAAGUUCAUGAAGAACAUGCGUUUCGCCAAGAAGCACAACAAGAAGGGGCAGAAGACAGCCAACGCAGCGGCCAAGAAGAUCGCACUGGCAGCCGCCCCUUAGAUGUGGGUGGCAGAUCGCUGCAUCUCCACGUUCCAUUGACUUUUGUUACCAUCACAAUAAAGCGUUGUUAGUUUA